AUGGCGGGUACGGGUAUGGAUGGGUUUGAGGACGAAGGUUUCAAUUUUAAUUCAUUUUUUUCAUGUGAUAAUCCUCCGAAAAUGCUGUGUUUGGGAGACUAUGGCAAAGAAUGUGAUUUGAAGAUGGUGGAGAAUUCUAUUAAAACGGCUGAAAAAUCUGGAGUUAUAUGCAGUGAUUCAUCCUCGACUUCUUCAACAAAUUACAUCAGCGAUACGAAUACACUGCCAAAAUCUAAGAAGAGAAAUGGGCCGGGGUGUGGAGAAUCUAAUCUGAACUCCGGCGUUAAUACCGAAGCUACGGCAGGAUCUCAGAAAUACUGUAAGAAAACCAAGUCGGAAAACUCAUCGGUGGUCACCGGCCAUGCAAAGGUGAAGAAAGAGAAGCUUGGUGAAAGAAUCACGGCAUUGCAGCAACUUGUAUCACCCUUUGGCAAGACAGAUACAGCUUCAGUACUUCAUGAAGCAAUGGGUUAUAUCAGGUUUCUGCAGGAUCAAGUUCAAGUUCUGUGUUCUCCAUACAUUCACUCUCUGCCUGAGGACAAAGAAAUAACGGGGAAGAGUGUAACUGAAACAAGAAAAGAUCUAAGGAGCAAAGGGCUGUGUCUGGUUCCUGUUGAGUUAACCCUACAUAUAGCAGACUCCAAUGGUGCUGAUUUCUGGUCAUCUGCCAUGGUGAACAAUCUUUUGUCAAACUAA